UGAGAGGAAGAAGAAGACGAAGAGACAUGAGAGCGUUCUAUUACAUGUCGUUGCCAAGACAUAUUCUUCAUUAGAACCAUAGAAGCUUUGAGGGGGACAACGAUGCAGCAGGCGGGCCCUCGUGCCCACUUCGUGUCUGAAGUACAUUCGGUAUUCGAGAAAGAGCGGCAUCUCCUGCGGGGAAUUUCUGAUGAGAUUUGGACCCGACCUGAGCUGUCUCACGACGAAGUCUUUGCUCAUCAGGUGUUGACGGAUGCACUCAGGGAGCGAGACUUCUUCGUCAUGCCACACUACGUACUGCCCACCGCAUUCACAGCCGAACAUCAUAUCAGUGAAGAAGGAGGACCAACAGUGUGCAUUAUUUGCGAGUACGACGCCAUGGGAAACAUCGGACACUGCUGCGGUCAUAACCUGGUGGCAACUGCGGGAAUUGCUGCUGCCAUUGCCGUGAAGGAGGUGGCUAAGAAGGACUCAAGUUUAGCAGGAAAGCUCCGUGUCCUGGGAACUCCAGCGGAAAACAAUGGACUCGGUAAAACAAAGCUUUUGGAGAAGAACGCCUUUCAGGGAGUGGACGUGGCCCUUGCAGUUCACCCUGCUUCCAGAGGAACCUUCAAGUACACCUCACCUUGCUCCUGUCUCACUCGAAUCACUUACCACGGCCGUGAAAGCUCGCUGCUGUGUCCUUGGGAAGGAAACAACGCGAUGGACGCUGCCGUUAAUGCCUACUACAACCUGGCUUUUGUCAAGCGGCAAUUACCAUUGGCUUGGGAUAUUUCUGCUGUGAUACUGACCGAAGGGAGCGAGACACCGUUAGUGCUUCCUGACGUGUGCAAGCUGGAACUCUUCUGUCGGACUCCAACUCCAGAUGACCUGUUGGAACUGCAGAGGCAGCUGCGUAGCUGCUUUCUUGCGCCUUGUCACGCGACUGGGUGCAUGGUCUCUUUCGACUAUACAUUACCGUAUAUUGACUUUAUCGCCAACGACGUCCUGGUCGAAGUCUACGAGCGUCAUGCGGGUCGCAUCGGCUGCCUCAGUCGCCUCCUCGGUCGAUCUCCAGGAGGGCAAGAAACUGAGUUUUCUCAGUUAGCGACCGGAAUGGGCAACGUAUCUCACGCGAUGCCUACCCUGUGCCCUAUGUUUGCCCUCGACGUGCAGCCCGUAGGACAAUUCAACACUGAAGAGUUCACCAACGCCGCGUGCACGAGCGAAGCCUUCGAAAGGACCAUGGAUGCUGCAAAGUGCCUCACCCUUACCGCUCUUGAACUUUUCUCAAGCAGUGACCUCGUUAAAAAGGUGAAGGCUUGCUUCAAGGAGCAAAAGUCGACUCGAAGCUGCUUGGGAAGCACCGUGCCUAGCGAAGUUUCGGAAUGCGACGGGAGGCGUUGAACUAUGGGAAGGGAGAGCCAAUGCCAAUUUUAACGCAUAUUUUUCCCGGCAUAUAAAUAGUAAAUGUUAACAAUUAAUUACGCUAAACAUCACGCUGCAUUCACACAAGGUGGUCAAUGUUUUUACUAGUUCCCGUCGGACAGCUUAUCAACAAAAUAUAUGGCGCUGAAAUAAUUCAUGAAUUUGAAUAACUAAUGCGUGACUUCUUGCACGACUAUUGCUUUCUUUCCGAUAGUGUGAUAUCAGUGAUAUCAAAGCUGUCAAAUGGAGAGCCUUUCGGAGG